GGUAAGAGUGAUUACAUUUAAUAAUUAAAUUGUACGAUAAGUAGGUCGAUAUUUUUACUCGAUUAUAGUAAAAGACUAAAUUUCGCGAUUUAUGUUUUUUAUUUGUAUUCUUAAUGUCAAAUUUUAAAUGUGACUUUGACACUAGAAUCUAAUGUUCACUUUGACUUUUUUAAUAAAUUAAAAAUAUAUAUGACACUGAAAUUCAAAGCAGAGGAAACAUUUUUAGAAUACUGGAAAUCCUAGCUAAUGUGUAUAAAUUGAAGUAAAGUAUUUGUAUUUCAAGUCUUAACAAUUAAUAUUAGUAUGAAAAAUUGACUUGUUAACAAUGGAGAAACUUCAAAAAUCAUUCGAUAGUUUUAUAAAUUUAAUGGAUAAAAAUAACCAUGGUGUUCAGAUUGCAUGUUACUCAGUUGCUUUACUUGGUUUAACAGUUUCCUUGAGGAAAGUUCGACCAUUUAGUAGAUUUAGACGACCUUCAGAUAUUCCAAAUCACUUUAUAAAUGAAAAAAGAGAACUAAUAGGAUAUGUAAAACGAAUUGAUCCAAAUAAAGCUUUACUAAUAAUUAAUCAUAAACCUUUGGUGAAACUUCCAUUGAUUUCCACUGGAAAUCUACCUGUCAAGAUAUCUGGAGUUGAAAUAAAUAAUCUGGGUACUAAUUGGUUACAAUCAGUUGUUGUUGAUAAAGAAGUUACGUUUAUACCUAUUUAUAAAGAGAAAGACUUUGUACAGUGCCAAGUACUUUUAACACAGGAUGCUAAAGAUAAGAAGCAUCAGGUUAUCAACAUUGGAGAACGUCUAGUAAAAAUAGGUUUUGCUGUACCAGAACAUAUUAAGGCACCUCUCUUAGAAGAUCCUAGUUUUCGCAAAUACCACUCUUUGUUAUUAAGAGCAGAGAAACAAGCUUUACGCAAACAACUCGGAUACAAAUACUACAUAAUAACCACGAAAAAAUUGAUAAAUUAUACUAAUGAACUCUUGAUACGUUUUUAUAAGCAAUCAAAAAAUAAUAUACCUAAAUUGAUUGCCAUUGGACCGAAGAUUUAUCAUUCAUAGCAAUUGUAUUUUAUGGUAGUAUUCGGUUGCUUAUAUAUAGUUGUUCAAAUAUUGGCUAUUUAUAAAAUUGUCACUUUCUUUUUUUAUCCAAAUCACAGAAAUACUGUUUGGGAAGAUAUCUUAUUAAUUGUGGAAACUUGAAUUUAAUUAUUUUUGAAUGGGUAAUAAUUUUUGGUAACAAUAUAUUAAAGAUCAUUGUCCAUAGAGAAAUAAUCUUUCAAAUGCUUCAAUGAUUUCAUAAAAACGUUUGGUUAAAAUUGCUGCAAAAAAAAUUUGCACUUGGGAAAAUAAUCUGUAAAUAACAAACAGAACUUACUACUGUCUAGUAGAUAUUAUCAGAACUAGAACUUGUGGGGCAUGUUAUUGCAUUGAUAACUAAAAAAUACAAUGGCCUAUUUUUAUUCUGAGCCCUCCAUAGCACAGUCUUCAAAGUAUUAAUGGACCUACUUGGUAAAACUUCCACAUUUUCUUGAAAUGUCUAAAUAUUUUUCACCUUUGUUGUAAUUGACUGACUAUAAGCAAUUGAGAUACUACCUAAUUAUCAACGAUUGUUCAUCAAUUUUCACAAAUUUAUUUAAAAUGACAAUUCCAAAAAAAUUAUAUAUAAACAUGUAGAAUCCAAUUUUGUUUUCAUUGCUUAUCGAGAUAUCUUUAUAUUUGUUGUUUCAUGUGUAAAUUUUAUUCUUCAAUAAACAUUGCAACCUAA